UGGCUGUUUUUCUAUCUGGAGGAUCAACUGUAACGUCAGUUUCACCAACGACGACGAACAACGAGCACUUACCGUCACUUGAAAAACGUCUUUAAAUCGCAUUAAAAUAGCUUUAAAACGGCACAAGUAUCGUUACAAACACGGAGAUUAAUCCAACCCAGCCGGAGGAGUUUCAUAAUUUAAGAAAAAGGAAGGAAAAGAAAGGGAAUAAGGGUGUUUUUUGGUCGUCCUUCCUGUUCAGCCCUUUGUGUGUUUUCUUCCACCGAGCGAGGCGACCCAGUAGCGCCCCCAGCCGGAGAGCAGCGUCGAGGAUAGGGAGCCACAGGAGCGGCCGAGUCUCUCUCCUCUCGACCGUCGUGGGUCCCCCCAGCUCACUAAUCAGAUGCGGAGUGAGGAUGAGUCCCGCUCUGGAAGCCCUCAUGCAGGCGGACGGGACUCCUUACCCCGGAAAAGGGGUAAUGCUUGAGCCCUUCGUGCACCAGGUGGGAGGCCACUCCUGUGUGCUGCGAUUUGGGGAACAAACAAUAUGCAAACCCCUGAUCCCCAGAGAGCACCAGUUCUACAAGAGCCUCCCUCCAGAGAUGAGGAAGUUCACCCCUCAGUAUAAAGGUGUCGUAUCGGUCAGUUUUGAAGACGACGAGGAAGGGAACCUGUGCCUCAUCGCCUACCCCCUCCACACCGAAUCAGGCGACCUGGAAAACAAAGAUCCCUCAGCGGACUGUGAGCCCAAGAGCAAGAUGCUGAAGUUGAGCAACAAGAAGCAGUCUUCGUUGCUUCUGGAGAACGACAACUUCAGCAAAGACCGAGCUCGACACAGCCGGAAAGAAGACAAGAUCAUGAGUUAUAAUCGUGAUGAGAUGCCGCAGCAGCAGCAGGCAGAGGUUCUCUACUUCAGCCUGGAAAAAGGCAACGUUGUGCCACAGAUCAAACACAACCCCUGGAGUCUCAAAUGUCACCAGCAGCACCUACAAAGGAUGAAGGAGAAUGCAAAGCACCGCAACCAAUACAAAUUUAUUCUUUUGGAGAACCUGACGUGGCGCUACAGAGUACCAUGUGUCUUAGACUUGAAGAUGGGAACUCGCCAGCAUGGAGAUGAUGCAUCAGAGGAGAAGAAAGCCCAUCAGAUUCGCAAGUGUCAACAGAGCACAUCUGCAUCUAUUGGAGUGCGACUUUGUGGCAUGCAGGUCUACCAGUCAGACUCCGGCCAGCUGAUGUUCAUGAAUAAGUACCACGGCCGUAAGCUGACCCUCGCAGGCUUCAAGGAGGCGCUCUACCAGUUCUUCCACAACGGGCGUCGCUUGCGGCGAGAGCUGCUGUCCCCAGUGCUGCGCAGACUCCGGGAAAUGCAAGCUGCCCUGGAAGCCUGCGAGUCCUACCGCUUCUACUCCAGCUCCUUACUCAUCAUCUAUGACGGAGACCCUCCCAGGAAUCGUAGUAGACCCAGACACCGUGGUGGGGAAGAAGGCGAUGAGGAUGAGCCAUCUGAUGAAGAAGAAGAAGAGGAGGAAGACGACGAGGAGGAAGAGGAAGGGGCCUUUGGUUUUCCUCGUUCCUCCUCAGCGGGCGGCAGCGCCGGUGUGGCCGGAGGGAGCAGCAACACUGGCAGCAGUCGAUCCUCCCACAGCACAGGAGAGGCCAGCAGCCCAGAGGUGGACGUGCGCAUGAUUGACUUUGCUCACACCACCUGUCGGCACUACGGAGAGGACAGCGUGGUGCACGAAGGCCAGGACAGCGGAUUCAUUUUCGGCCUUCAGAACCUGAUCACCAUCAUCUCCCAGCUGGAGGAUCACAGCACAGACUGAGGCUGGCCUGAAGCCAACACGGUUUAAAUUUCAAGCACGGGAAGAGCUCAUUGAGCUGAAACCCUGCUACUCCAAGGUGCAUCGCCCUUACGCCUUUAUGGGGUCUGACCCUCCUCUGCUUGGAGGGAACCUCAGACACCUAGGGGUCAGGGGAGAGUCCGUGUGGUCGUCCCUGCGCUCUCCCUCACCUGCCAGAGGACAGGGCUGCCUGUGCCCUUACUUGCACUUUUCUCUUUCUGGGACUGCUCCUUUUCUUUGUCAUACAUGGUAGGAGAGAUGUUGUAUGAGACGGCGGUCUCUCAACACACACAGGGACUCCUGUAGCAUCCUAGGACUCUCCCCUCCCCCUCUCCUCCUCUGGUACAGACAAGUUUCUUUAUUGUUAAGUUCUCUCUGAGAGAGAAAGAGCGAGGCAGAGAUAACUGAAGUGUAGUUCUAGGAGCCUGACGUGGUGCUUUACCUGUGAUCAGUUCUUUUUUGGGAUGAAGUUUGGACUGCCGGUCCCCCACAGCACAGUACAUCAUUAGUGGGGAAGUUGACUGUACAAGCUGACCUUGGCUGGCUAGGUCAGUAGCCUUGUAGCAAACGACAACUUAAGCUUCUGAGAAGGACAUUUUGUGUUUAUAUUGGUGUCUCUGAAGACCUUCGCAACAAACAUGGUUUGUGUUGUCCACCGGGCACUCGGAUUUACACUUUUUUUGGUGGAAGAACAAGAUGAUUUAGGUCUAGAAGAAGGGAUUUGCCUUUUUUCAACCGUUGCUCUCCCCUGUACUUUUUUUUUUGCCCAUAAGCGAAAGACUUUUUGAAAAGGGUAACAUCCUUGUUUUGUCACUGUCUUUGUUCUCGUCUGAUUUUUCUCCUCUUCAUUCCUGAAACUUUGACUAAACAAAGAGAAUAUAUUGAUUUAAAAACACUAGCUACAAAGACUAUAAAGAGACUAUUUAUUUGAAAGGAUUGUUUAAAAACUAAAAAAAAAAAAAAUGGAAACAGCUACAUUCCAUAUUACCACUCUAUCUGUUCUGACUUUGAUUUAUUUUAUUAUUGCAGGAGCCGAUUUGUUUCUUGUAUACCUGUGUGUUAACAGUGUCUUGAAAAAUAAAGGCAUUCAUUUGUGGUAAAAUC